AUGACACCUGCUGUGUUGAAAGAAAGUUUUCUGAAAGGUGUUAGACAGGCCUCACUUAUUGCACAGACUAGUUUUUUUGAGGCAUUUAAUUCAGUGCUGAAUCACUUUGGCCCAAAAAUGAUACACUUCUCACAUGCUGGAAUGUAUUGCAGGCAUGCCUGGGCUUCAAUAUUUUUUAACUUCAACAUUCUAUGUGAUGUACGAAGAAACAAAGAUGGAACAGGACAGGUUAAUAAAACAUAUCCGAAAUUCAAAAACGGAGAAGCAACAGUGAGAAGCACUUGUGUUGUUCCAAACUAUGGUACAAGUGUUGAAGAAUUAGUGAGACAAACAGAUGUUUCCAGAUGUCAUAUAUUCAACAUAUGAAGAGAGGCAACACACAUUAAAACAGAGUCAAAAAAGC